ACUUCUCGGGGCUCUCCUCAUGGGACUACCAUGGGCUGUGACGUUUUUCACCUAUCAGCCAAUGGUGACGCUUGGUCCCAGAAUGCAUUGCGUCACAAACUGCACGCGCGAACUGUACACAGUAGUUAGGUGUUGUUGCUGUUGGAAACGGCCCGAUUUAAAUUUAAACGUCAGCGACGGCUACAGUGAAUCUUGGAGCUAAAGAGGCCAGUAAUGACCACAACCAACAUGGGUACAGUUCUUAAAGAUGUCGUUGCCUAUGUUGAUGUAUGGUCAUCAGACAAAACAGCAAACUAUUCAAAACCAUUCGUUCAGCAGCUGCAGGAAAUGGGAGCUCAGGUAUCAAAAACAUUCACUAAACAAGUCACACAUGUAGUCUUCAGCAAUGGUCACCCGGCUACAUGGAGAAAAGCCAAGAAAAGUGACGUGAGGCUUGUCUCUGUUCUCUGGGUAGGCAGAUGUUAUGACAACGGUGUACAUGUGGAUGAGCAGUUGUUUCCAGCGAUAGAUGAAACCAAUCCAGUGUUGAAGAACAAGAAACAUCGUUGCAUGCAGCCAAAAGAUUCUCCAGUAAGGACACCUGAAAACGACAGACGCAUGAAGAAAAAAUUAGACAAGAUGAUGAAAGGCUUGGUACCGAAACAACCUCUGGUUACAGAUGUGUCACCCAUCAUUAUUGAUGAAGAGAAUGGAAUAGUCUAUAGCCCAGCGUUGAGAAGGUCAGAUUACAUGGCACAGCGUCUGAAAGACAUGAAAGAGAAACGGGAAAACCUCUCACCCACAGCUUCACAAAUGGUUGAAUCCUGCUCACCCACCAGGCUAAAACCUUCCCUUGGAAGAACACCAACUCUCAUCAAAUUAAUUUAUGAGUCGGAUGAUGAUUCCAGUGCUUCUGUUGCUGAACCUGCUUACUCGCCUGACAAGGAAGAAGGGCGGACACAAUGUGAUGUGACUGACCAUGGCCAUCUUGGACAACGCCACAGAAAAACCUCAGAGAAGCCGUGGAUGUCACCCUGCCGUGAUGUGCCAAAACGGAUUUCAAGUCCUUUGAAAUGUCCUGACUUGAAGGAUGAAGAGGACGAAGCUGGGAGUAAAUCAAAAAAGUCAAGAAGGACUCCAGUGAAAAAAAAGCCAGCAGAGAAACGCAAAUCUGUAGGUUUAUUAGAAAGUCCUCGCCCGGAUAGAAAAUCUGACACCAGCAAAAAAGAAAAGAGACAAUCGCAGAUAAAAUCAUCAAGCCCAUCACCCAACAAAUAUGAAAAGGGAAAGCAAAAAAUGAAAGCUGCUAAAUCACAUUGUGAACCCACUGUGAACUCCUCUAGUUGCUUUCCAUCCCCAGCCAAUUUAGGCAAUUCUGCUGUUGAACUGUCAAAAGAAACUUUUACUUCAUUCCAGAAAAUGGAACAGAAAAAACCCAAACGAGCCAGACAGUCACUUUCUGCCUUGGUACGGUCUUGCACUUUAUCAUGUGACUCUAAAAGUGUUGCCUCUUGUUCCACUGAUGGAGAUGAUAAUGUAUUUGAGGACUAUUUCUCCCCGGCUAACCACCACCAGAAAUCAAAAAGACCUCUUUUGCCUAAUCUACCUGUAAAGACAGACAUUCAGAUUCCUUUUGAGUUGGGCUCUGGCCCAAAGAAGAGAAAACAAAGAAGUGAAAGCAUUAAAUCUGACACUAAUAUUAAAAAGAAGAAGAAACUGGAAGGAAGUCAGGGAGACAAAAAUGUCAAUCAGCAGUUUGACGAAGGCAAUCAGCCUCAAAGUCAUCCGCAGCAGGAUGAUGGUCCAAGUGCUAAUGUAACACUCAUGGCUAAAAGGCGACGACAAAGCACCUUGCCUUAUACAAGCAUCAGUACGACAAGUGAUGCAGUAAAACGGAGAAGAGCGUCUACAUCAGUGCGAUCAACAACAUUAACGGAAGCUAUCGCAGUCUCAGAGCUGCAGAAAGACACUGACAUCAUUGCCCUCUCUGAUACCUUGGAAAGUAAAGGAAAUGAAUGUACGGUUGCAGCUGGUUUAACUGAGAUCCCCUCUGAGGGCGAAGAAAAUCAUAAUAAGCAAGUCAGCUUGAGUCUUCAGAAAAUGGUCAACACAACAAAGGCUAUGAGAACAUUGGUCAUGACAAGUAUGCCCACUGAGCAGCAGCACACAGUGGGUCAGGUGGUGAAAACACUGGGUGGUUUUUCAGUCGUUGACCGAGUUUGUGAGAGCACAACUCACGUGGUGUCUGGGGGUCAGCGGCGGACUCUCAAUAUUCUGCUGGGCAUAGCUCGUGGCUGCUGGAUCCUCUCUUUUGAAUGGAUCCUGUGGUGUUUGGAGCAAAGACAGUGGAUUCCAGAGGAACCGUAUGAACUUUCAGACCGAUUUCCUGCAGCACAGAUUUGUCGCCUCCAGAGGCACCUGUCUGCUGGGGAGCACCAGCAGGACCUGUUUCAAAGCCAGCCCCCUAUGUUUGUGUCCCAGCACUCCCAGCCACCCACUCAGAGUCUGGUGGAGCUGAUCCAGCUCUGUGGAGGAACAGUCUGCAAAACUGUGCGGCAGGCGGGUAUCUGCAUAGGGAGGUACAGCGGCAGGAGACCAGAGGGAAGCAGGAUCCUGUCUGAGCAGUGGGUGCUGGAUAGUAUCACGCAUUUGAAGCAGCUGUCUUACGAUAACUACGACUUGGAGUGAAAGCUGAUGUGUUUUGUUUUUUAAAUCCUUUUUUUUUUUGUGGUUGUGAAGUUUAAUUUUUAUUAAUUUUAUACUGGACAGUGCCUCUGUUUAUACCUUACAAUGUUCCUCUUGUGCAGAUUUUCUUUCCAAAUAUUUUCAGGGGCUUUGCAUACAUCCUCAUAAAUGUUCCCUUUUUGAAGGCUUUUAGUCAGUGGUUUCCAUGGAAACAUGUUACUUCUAAGGACUAAGGGCUAAUGGAUCAACCAUUAAACAAAGCUCUAAAUUACUGUGAAAGACGGAAAACUGCUUUGAACAUACUGUAUCUCCAUUCUUUGUUAUAUGAAUUUUUUAUAUAUGUAUAUGAAGUAUUAACCACUACUGCGUAACAGCGUGUUUUUUAUAACGAGACAUGAGAUUGAGCCAGAUUAUUUUUCCUUUCCAACAAUGUGAUUUUAAAAAUACUUACUGAGCCAGUUCAUCAAUGGAGAUAACUGAAUACUGAAUCCUUAUAGAAAUGUUUCAUGAUGUCAUUGUUAAUAAAUGCCUUUCUAAAUUUUU